AGAACAAAUGGAUUUCAAGUCGUACCCAGUGAUACCAUCGCCGCGUGGAUCCACAUGGAAAGCGUACAUUCUGCAUCGCAUCAAAAUGCUACGAAUGGGAAUGCAAGCAUAUGCGACUCGAAAAUAUGCACGAUUGGAUCUCGAUCACCACAUCAAGGCUACCAAAACAAGUGAUAAAGUUGCCAUGCGGGUAACGAACAACAAACCGUCUUGGAUUUGGAUUGGUGCUGGAGAAAUGGCACCAAAUCGGCCAUGGGGCAUAAAGAAGCGGAAAAGAUGCCCAGGAACGCGUAAAUUGGCGACCAGCUUCAAGAAACAAGAGCACACAAAGGUCAGUUUUCAAGAUGAAUGGGGUACAUCAAUAACGUGUGCCAAUUGUCACGAGCGAUUUCCAAGAGAAACCAAAAAUCAUCGAUUCAAAAUUUGUCGAAAUUGCAUACCAAAACCGAAUAUACCACCAAUAAUUGUGACGAAUUUGAGCAGACAAGAGCUUAAGAAAGAGCGAAUUGUAGAGAGAGCAAUCAAUCCAGAUCGUGAGAACAUCGAGCGUUUAGUGCCAAAGAUAAAAGUUAUCUUCAAAACUUGGUCAUUAACUCGAGAAUACCAUGAAUUGGGUGAUGCUGCACCAGAAGACAUGAUUGAGCACGUAGUCAUUUGGCACCGUGACAUUGUUGCCGCAAAGAAUAUUUUAUUCAAAGGAAUGUGUCGUCUUUUUGGCAUACCAUUGCCCGAUUCGUUGGCCAUGCAUUUAUUUUGGGAAAACUGCAAAUUAAAUUCUCAACCUGGGUUGUCAAAUUUACACGUUUUUGAGCUUGGCCACGUAUUAAUUUACGUCAAAACGUAA